AUGGCAAACAUGCUUCUUUUUUGUCUCUUGCAGUCUUUCAUGGCCGUACUUUCUCAACUGCUGCUCAAUGUGUCUAAUUACCCAGUCAGGAGGAAGAGUGUCGUCCGACACUUCUGGUCGACCCUGCCUUGUUCUGGGCUCUGGGGAGCCUGCAGCUGGGCUUACGAUAAAUUGGCAUAUCCUCGAGACAGGGCUACGGUCCCGCUGGGGAAAAAACCCCUGUCGGGUCCAGAGGAUAAUUCGAAGGUCGCGACAGUGGUCUUCCUGAUUGGAGGUCCAGGCUCUGGAAAGAGUACUAUUGCGACCAGGCUGGCUGCCGACCUGGGCCUUGUCCAUCUGAAUCCCGAGGAGAUCGUUAGUCGUCUAGAGGUCACCGGCCCCGAGGACGAGUGGCUUGUAGUGAAACACACUAUGGACGAGAACGGAACCGUUCCGGACGAUAUACUCAGCCUUCUUUUGAAGACAGAAAUAUCCAAGCAUCUAAACGCACACCAGAGAGUGUUUCUGAUCGAGGCCUUCCCCAGGUCAUAUGCGCAGUUCAUGGAAUUCACCAGUAUCUGUGGCUACGGGCUUACUAUCAGCCUUGAUGUAUCCUCUGCCACGUUGAUGAGGCGCUUUUUGUUAGAGACUCAGUCAUUCUCGGAGAGAGUGGCGCAAAUGGAGGAUUUCCUUAAACGCGAAGACGCUUUUGCUGGCGCAGAACUUGCUCUCUAUCCACACGCCAAUUUCACGGAUGGUCUUGUCAAGGUUUGUGCUGAGCUGAAGGUUGAAGAAUUUUACCCACAUCUGAAAGAUCUCGUCGCGAGAAAGCUCGCCAGUCCUGAGACGACUCUCUGGAUCAAAGAACUGGGCAUGGAAAUGGUGUCCCCGGUGGAUGACUUUGAGUCUUAA